AUGACUGUCUGCAACAGUGGUGAUGCAAAAUUAGAUUCAGCAGUUGAAACUUGGUUGAAACAUGACAAGAACCCCACAACCCGUCAGGAGGUUCUUGACGAUAUUGCCAAUUCAAGAUGGGAGAAACUAAAGGAGACGAUGCUGCAACGUCAGAAGUUUGGCACGGCCGGCCUGCGCGCGCCCAUGGGUGCCGGCUACAAGUGCAUGAACGAUGUCGUUGUACUGCAGACCGCUCAGGGUCUCCGUUCGUACUUACAAAAGACUUGCCAACAGAGUCAGCUACGCAAUGGUAUAGUAGUCGGCUAUGAUGGGCGGCAUAAUAGCAAAAGGUUUGCCGAAUUAACAGCAAAAGUCUUCGUAUCAGCAUCGAUACCAGUACAUCUGUUCUCGAGAGUUUGCCCCACUCCAUUUGUUUCGUUCGCCACUAUAAUGUACGGGGCCGCUGGUGGAGUUAUGGUGACAGCGUCGCAUAACCCAAAAGAGGAUAACGGCUAUAAAGUUUACUGGAGCAAUGGAUCGCAAGUUAUUACACCUCAUGACGACAACAUCUUGGAUGAGAUUUGGCAUUGUUUGGACAUACCGGAUGAUUACUGGAAUAUAGACGGAAUUAGAAACAACGAGUUGGUAAAAGACUGUACAGCGGAAGUUAUCGACAAAUACAACGAGUUCAUCCGGGAGAGCUUGCAUGAGGAUGUGCGGAAAGUGAAUAAGGAGGCGGGCGUGCGCAGCGUGUACAGUGCGAUGCAUGGGGUCGGAUAUGAGUACGUGGUGAAGGCGUUCGAGGCUGCUAAUUUGAAAGAACCCCUAAGUGUCCCCGAACAACAAGAACCGGAUCCAGAGUUCCCGACAGUGAAAUUUCCGAACCCUGAAGAAAAGGAAUGUUUGGAACUCAGCAAGAAGUUGGCAGAAGAGAAUGACAUCAGUCUGGUACUGGUCAAUGAUCCGGAUGCUGACAGGCUUGCAGUUGCCGAGUAUGAUGUAAGCAAGAAGUCCUGGAAAGUGUUUACUGGCAACGAAAUGGGUGCGUUGUUAGGCUGGUGGAUGCUGCAUCAGCAUCAAAAGCAGAGUUCUGAUACGGACGUGUACAUGCUGGCUAGCUUCGUCAGCUCCAAGAUGCUUAAGGCGAUCAUUGACGGACACGGCUACUUUGUAGAGACGCUCACGGGCUUCAAAUGGAUGGGCAACACUACACUUAUACUUUCUCAGCAAGACAAAAAGACGCUGUUCGCGUUUGAAGAAGCCAUCGGAUAUAUGUGUAGUGCAAAAAUUCCCGAUAAAGAUGGCGUCUCAGCUGCUGUGCAAGUAGCAUCGCUAGCUUCGCACCUGUACUCGCAGGGCUCGUCGCUGUCGGCUCACUUGCAGGCUCUUUACCGUCAGUACGGCUACCAUGUGUCCUACAACUCCUACUACAUGUGCCACGAUCCUGCCACCAUACAGAGAAUAUUCAGGAGGAUCAGGAAUUACCAUGAAUCCGGUGUGUAUCCGAAGAAAAUAGGCUCCACAGAAAUAGUACAGCUAAACGACUUUUCAGAAGGCGUUAAAAUACCAGAAAAGGCUAACGGAGAGGCGCACCUGACUGCAAUCGGCACUGGUCUGGACCAGGAGUACAGGAGCGGUGAGAUGAUUGCCUUCCGCUGCGACAACGGCAUGAGCGUCACCGUGAGGACCAGCGGCACCGAGCCCAAGCUCAAGUUCUACACCGAGCUGGUCUGCGACGCACCCACAGAACAGGAGCAAGAAGAAAUGAGGAAGAAACUCAAAACAAUGGUCCAGGAGUUUAUUGAAGAGUUACUGCAGCCAAAAGAAAAUGGUCUUAUUGGUUGA